AUGAGUACGAGACGAAACAGAGUUCAGGCAUCAAAGUUUUUAGGAUUUGAAGAGAAUAAUUUAUAUUAUGAUCAAUAUAACAUUGCGGCUGAAACAUUUUUCGAGAGUUUUGAGACGGAAGAAAAUGAAGAGUCUGAUUGUGAUUCUUCCUAUUCAAUAACAGCGGAAAAAUUGGAAUCCUAUUCAUCUGAUACCUUCGAAAACUCAACUUUGAAUUGUACUUCCUCAGCACCUUCGAUAACAACAAUAUCGGAUCCCACGGAAGAUAUCAACAUAUCUAAUUGUCCUAUUUGUUUGCAAGUUUAUCAAGAGCAAUGUUAUUUGUAUCCUUGUUAUCACACUUUCUGUGUCUCUUGCAUUCGUCAGUGGCUUUAUGUUACACCCGACUGUCCUUUGUGUAAAUUCAAAGUUGAAUUUUUAAUUACUGAUGUAGACGAUUCAAAAGGGACAUUUACCAAGCUUUAUAUAGAUGGUACGAUGGAGAAUGAUAAGAAUGAUAUUAGGAGUAAGAUGAAACAACAAAAAUGGAUCUCAGAGAUAUCUAAUAUAACCGAACAUAACAGCGAUUUAAAAUCAAUAAGAAAUAAAAUUUAUUCAGAAAACCUUUUUCCAACAAAUGUUCCUAAUUUAAAAAGUAAAAAGAUUUUUACAUUUAAUAAGUACGAUACUGAACGCGUAAGGCCUUUUAUAACACGCGAUUUAAUAGUUUUACUUUCUGACGCUUAUGACGUGGUGGUCGAUGAAUAUGUCUUUUCGGUGAUAUCAUCAUUUUAUAAACAAAAAAAAACAAAAAAUGAAAUUAUUGAAAAGCUAAAACCUUGGUUAGGAAAGUCAACAGAAAAAUUUAUACAUGAAAUUACUCAGUUUAUAGAGAGUGAAUUGAAUAUUGAUACUUGGGACAAAUUAGUGAGCUAUGCUUAA